AUGACAGUCGGGAAGCCCAUUUGGCUCAUCCUUCCUGGACUGUCGCUACUCGUAUUGAGGAUCAUUCGCGCAUUGAAGCAUAUCGUUUGGAUUCUCAUCAGAAGCUUAGCUCGCUGCAUCCCGGGAAAUAGGGAACGAUCACAACGAGAACGGCUGAUCGCCGCUCUGGCAAUAAUACUGAGCGCGACAGUAACUCAGGUGCACACAUGUCAACACGUUAACGUUCUCGAGCACCAUCUAACAACAUGUUCCAAUAAUGGCACCCACGAAACAUGUAGAAUCACACUUACUGAGCUGCUCAAAAUCAAUACAUUUCACCGUGAAGCUUGCUUACGUCUUACCAAAAAUACCACCUUGAUAGCAAACAUCAAGCUUCAUUGGAAAGGGCUCUACCUGAGGUGCGCAAAAACCACCAAGUUCUUUACUAGAGCAACAAAACUGAAGCAGAUCAGUAGUAAACGAUGUCCAUGGAUGGGAUCUUGCCAAGACCUCAAAUGUGAAGGAGUCAAUAGAUCCUUCCUGGUACCAGAGCUAGAGCCAGGGAAUCACUUCCCCGGUCGCACCGGGUGCAUGGAGUCAUGCGGAGGCCCUGGAUGCGGCUGCGUUAAUUACCACUUUUGA